AUGAUUUUAGGUACAUCACCAGGGAGUAGUCGGAAUAGUAGUUCCGGUUGUUAUUCAUCGUGUAGCACACCAGAAGUUGAUGUUGUCGCUUUUACACCUCGUCCACAACCAGUGAAUGAGGAUGAUCAGAAGCGAUAUUUUUGUCAACGAUGUUUAAAUCAUGCUCAGGAACAUCCUCGAAAAGGGCACAAACCUUAUUGCCAGCACGUUAUCAACAAUUAUCGUAUUAUCACCUAUGGUAAUCAUUCAUUUAUCAUUAUCAUGUCAUCCUGAUAUGCGAAUUGUGAAUGCGCCGAUUGUCGUAUGGUGGAAGAGCGACGACGAUUGAAUAAUAUGUUAAGUUUGAGACGAUUAGAUCCUAAUCAUGCAGCAAAUCGUUCAACAACGGGUAAAAAGAUACGCGAUCCGAAAUGCGCAUUAUGUUCUGCACAUGGCAAUAAACAACCGCUCAGAGGACACAAAAAAGCGCAGUGUCCAUUUUUAAAGUGUGGAUGUCAUCUGUGUGGUUUGGUUGAAAAUCGUCGAACACUGAUGGCCCGUCAAAUAAAACUACGACGGGAUCAACAGAAGCAGCGAAAAGCUCAGCUUAAUACUACUGUUGCCGCUGUUACCCUUGCGGUUACAACGACUACAACAACAACAACAAAUAUUGGUACAAACAAUUUAAUCAUGGAGCAAUCAAAUUCGGAAACUGAACAAGAGCGAUUUACUGUACCAGAUAAUAAUAGAAAAAUAGAAGAACCAGUGCGUGUACCACCGCUUCUACCAGUAUUCCCAAAACCACAAAUUAUGGAACCUGGACCACCGAUCCCAAUAAUUUUCCAGCCAACUGCGAUACUACCGACACCACCAAUGUUCAUGUCACCAAUGGACAAUAUCGAUUUACGCUUUAUGUCUUUAAACUAUCAUCAUAUGAUGAACCCAAUACCGUUCCAGUUUGCUCCCAUGUUACCAUACACACCAACAUUACCGUUCCUGUCAGCACCUUGA